UCUCAUCUACUCCUUCUCACAAACGCUACUUGUGGAAUUACAAUUGCCAUCAUGACUCUUGAGGAAGUUAUCGUCCAGAAGCCCGUCGAGAGAGCCCAGUGCACCGGCAAAGCAUUGGAAGAAGUGCUAGAGACUGCCAAAACCAAUGACUGCCUAACCAUCGGCGUCUACGAAUCUGCUAAAGUGAUGAACAUUGAUCCUGACAGCGUGUCUUUCUGCGUGCUGGCCACUGAUGAGGAGUUCGAGUGUGACAUCGCUCUUCAGAUUCAUUUCACUCUCAUCCAGGCUUUCUGUUUCGACAACGAUAUCAGCAUCGUUAGAGUCAGUGACAUGCAACGCCUUGCUGAGAUUGUUGGCGACAAAUCUGAACAACUUGAUGAUGCCCACUGCGUCCUCAUCACGAACCCUGCUGAAGGUUCUUGGGAGGAUCCAGCCCUCGACAAGCUGCACCUGUUCUGCGAAGAGAGCCGCGGCAUCAACGACUGGGUCCCAGAGAUCACUCUGCCUGAGCGUUGAACUGUGGCCUAUACUCUUCUCUGAUCGAGAUGCUGUUUAACCUGAAGGAAUAAUCGUCCUACUUAACAGGAUGAUGCAAAUUUUCCUGCAUCCCUGGAUACUCCUGAGGAGGAUAUCAGUCCAGGCACCGCGAGGUUAUGCCCGAGUGGCCCUCGCGGUUAUCGUCGUGCCUCGUACCGUCCAUGCCAAGCUGACCCAGGUUCUUUAUGUGAACCAGGGGCAGGCAUGCCACGAGAGCGACACAAUGGCCCUCAUUCUUUGUGCGGAUGAGGUUUGGAGAGAAAGGAGAAGCGAGUUUUGCGGCUGUGGCCUUGCCACAGAGCAAAUAUCGCAUGCGUUUGUACACGCAGUGGACGAAGUGGUCGUCGAAUGAAGCAUGCAUUUUUAAAAAUGGACUUAUCAUCUCGCUCAUUUUUAAAAAUCAGCUUGGCAGAGUCAGAGGAUACUUCUCUGUGCUCUGCAAGAAUGUUUCUCACUUUCCAGAAUUGUCUUAAAUCUCUAAAGGUUUCACUUUAGAAUUUGUAACGAAACAUUUAUGUAUUUUGAAACUCUACUAAUUGUUUUUCAUUUGAAAUAUUAAUAAACUAAAUG